AAAUAAAUUUACAUAUAUAUUUCUAAAAAAUGCUGCAGCCCAAGCGCAUGCGUUAUUAUCUUAAAGACGAGAUUGUCUUGCAUAAUAAGAAACUGGACUGUUGGCUAGUUAUACAUCAAAAUGUUUACGAUCUGACGCCUAUGAUUAAGGAUAGACUUGAUCAUUGGAAUCGCAACAUGGACUAUUUGGUAGCGCAUGCUGGCAAGGAUUUGACGCAUUUGUUUCAUGCCAAUGGCGAGCCACGCACUGAGAUCUCGCCCAGCACUGGACGCCCGCGUGUGCUCUUUCCACCCAUUCUGGAGGUGGCCAUCAGCGAGUUUGUCAAGUCGCCGCACACGAUGUGGAGUCAGGAUCCGCUUUAUCACAUUGGACGCAUUACCAAGCGCGCCAGACCGAUUCGCAUAGUCAACACGCUGACGGGCAAGCUGCAGCCCAUGACAGUUUGCGAUGAGGAUAGCAUCUAUGAUAUACAGCAAAAGUAUAAAGCGCGCUAUAAUCAUCAUGCGGGCAGCUACGAGUGGCGCAAGUUCUCCAAUGGCGCUAAGCGCUGUGGCGCUUUGAAUCUCAAUGGCACUCUGGAUGAGAAUGAUUUGACCGAUGAUGCUGCCAGCGAUUUGGAGCUGCCGCCACCCUCUAUAUGGUUAUACUAUACAGAUGACUUGACCAUAGCUUGAUUGCAUUUUCGGCUUGUCGCUUAAAAAUUAGUUGUGUGCCUGGUAAAGAUCAUUUCAAGCUAGACUGACUUUUGGGCUAUUUUAGAGCGUCCCUAUAGUAUUCAGUUUCAAUUCGUUUAUAUGUGUUAGUGCAGCAUUUAUUUGCGUUUUAUACAAAUGUCAUGCUCGACAUGCGCUGCUAAUAAUAACAACAACAACAAAAGUGCAGCGAUCUUGUUCAGGGCCGCGGCACUGUGAGAAAUUAAAACAAAUUAAAUAAAAGUAUG